CUUGCACAACUGCAGAAAGAAAAAUCAGAGAUUCUGAAAAAUCUGGCGUUAUAUUACUUCACAUUUGUAGAUGUUAUGGAAUUUAAGGACCAUGUUUGUGAAUUGCUGAAUACUAUUGAUGUUUGCCAAGUCUUCUUUGACAUUACUGUAAACUUCGAUUUAACAAAGAACUACUUAGAUUUGAUCAUAACAUAUACAACACUAAUGAUACUGCUGUCUCGAAUUGAAGAAAGGAAGGCAAUCAUUGGAUUAUACAACUAUGCUCAUGAGAUGACCCACGGAGCAAGUGACCGAGAAUACCCACGCCUUGGUCAGAUGAUUGUGGAUUAUGAAAACCCUUUAAAGAAAAUGAUGGAAGAAUUUGUGCCCCAUAGCAAGUCUCUUUCAGAUGCACUAAUUUCUCUUCAGAUGGUGUAUCCUCGAAGGAACCUUUCAGCUGACCAGUGGAGAAAUGCCCAGUUGUUGAGCCUCAUCAGUGCCCCGAGCACAAUGCUUAAUCCCGCACAAUCCGACACUAUGCCUUGUGAAUAUCUCUCUUUGGAUGCCAUGGAAAAAUGGAUUAUCUUUGGCUUUAUUUUGUGCCAUGGGAUCCUAAAUACUGAUGCAACAGCACUGAACCUUUGGAAACUAGCUCUUCAAAGUAGCUCUUGCCUCUCUCUCUUUCGAGAUGAAGUUUUCCACAUUCAUAAAGCUGCAGAAGACUUAUUUGUAAACAUUCGAGGCUAUAAUAAGCGUAUUAAUGACAUAAGAGAAUGCAAAGAGGCAGCUGUGUCACAUGCUGGGUCAAUGCACAGAGAAAGACGCAAGUUUUUAAGGUCUGCACUGAAAGAAUUGGCUACUGUCCUCUCUGAUCAGCCUGGCUUGCUAGGUCCUAAGGCACUUUUUGUUUUUAUGGCAUUAUCCUUUGCCCGUGAUGAAAUUAUCUGGCUACUUCGUCAUGCAGAUAACAUGCCAAAGAAGAGUGCAGAUGACUUUAUAGAUAAGCACAUUGCUGAAUUAAUAUUUUAUAUGGAAGAGCUUAGAGCACAUGUAAGGAAAUAUGGACCUGUAAUGCAGAGAUAUUACGUGCAGUACCUUUCUGGCUUUGAUGCUGUUGUCCUCAAUGAGCUUGUGCAGAAUCUUUCUGUUUGCCCUGAAGAUGAAUCGAUCAUCAUGUCCUCUUUUGUUAACACUAUGACUUCUCUAAGUGUAAAACAAGUUGAAGAUGGGGAAGUAUUUGAUUUCAGAGGAAUGAGAUUAGAUUGGUUUCGAUUACAGGCAUAUACUAGUGUCUCUAAGGCUUCACUUAGCCUUUCAGAUCACAGAGAACUUGGAAAGAUGAUGAAUACAAUAAUUUUUCACACAAAAAUGGUAGAUUCCUUGGUGGAAAUGUUGGUGGAAACAUCAGAUCUCUCCAUAUUUUGUUUUUAUAGUCGUGCUUUUGAGAAGAUGUUUCAACAAUGUUUGGAGUUACCCUCUCAGUCAAGAUACUCAAUUGCAUUUCCACUGCUUUGCACUCAUUUUAUGAGUUGCACACAUGAACUGUGUCCAGAAGAGAGACAUCAUAUUGGAGAUCGCAGUCUUUCCUUAUGUAAUAUGUUCCUUGAUGAAAUGGCCAAACAAGCUCGAAAUCUCAUCACUGAUAUUUGCACAGAACAGUGUACUCUUAGUGACCAGUUGUUGCCCAAGCAUUGUGCCAAAACCAUCAGUCAAGCAGUGAAUAAGAAGUCAAAAAAACAGACUGGUAAGAAAGGGGAACCUGAAAGGGAAAAACCAGGAGUUGAAAGCAUGAGGAAAAACAGGCUGGUCGUGACCAACCUUGAUAAGUUGCACACUGCACUUUCCGAGUUGUGUUUCUCUAUAAAUUAUGUACCAAACAUGGUGGUUUGGGAACAUACUUUUACCCCACGAGAAUAUUUGACUUCUCAUCUGGAAAUCCGCUUUACUAAGUCAAUUGUUGGAAUGACUAUGUAUAAUCAAGCCACACAGGAAAUUGCAAAACCAUCAGAGCUUCUAACAAGUGUAAGAGCAUACAUGACUGUACUCCAAUCAAUAGAAAACUAUGUGCAAAUUGAUAUUACAAGAGUAUUUAAUAACGUUCUUCUUCAACAAACACAACAUUUAGACAGUCAUGGAGAACCAACCAUUACAAGUCUAUACACAAAUUGGUAUUUGGAAACUUUGUUAAGACAAGUCAGCAAUGGUCAUAUAGCUUAUUUCCCUGCAAUGAAAGCAUUUGUGAAUUUACCUACGGAAAAUGAAUUAACAUUUAAUGCAGAGGAAUAUUCUGACAUAUCAGAAAUGAGGUCAUUAUCAGAGCUGCUUGGCCCAUAUGGUAUGAAGUUCCUAAGUGAAAGCCUUAUGUGGCAUAUUUCAUCACAAGUUGCUGAACUUAAGAAACUUGUGGUGGAGAAUGUUGAUGUGCUAACACAAAUGCGGACCAGCUUUGACAAACCCGACCAGAUGGCUGCCCUCUUUAAAAGAUUAUCGUCUGUUGACAGUGUCUUGAAGAGGAUGACAAUAAUUGGUGUAAUUUUAUCCUUCCGAUCAUUGGCACAGGAAGCACUCAGAGAUGUCUUGUCCUACCACAUUCCUUUUCUUGUCAGUUCAAUUGAAGAUUUCAAGGAUCACAUUCCAAGGGAAACUGAUAUGAAGGUUGCAAUGAAUGUGUAUGAAUUAUCAUCAGCUGCUGGAUUACCUUGUGAGAUUGAUCCUGCCUUGGUGGUAGCUCUUUCCUCACAAAAAUCAGAAAACAUAAGUCCAGAAGAAGAAUAUAAAAUUGCCUGCCUCCUCAUGGUCUUUGUGGCCGUUUCUUUGCCCACACUGGCCAGUAACGUGAUGUCUCAGUAUAGCCCUGCUAUAGAAGGGCACUGCAACAACAUACAUUGCUUGGCCAAAGCCAUCAACCAGAUCGCUGCAGCUUUGUUUACAAUUCACAAAGGAAGCAUUGAAGAUCGGCUUAAAGAAUUUUUGGCGCUUGCAUCCUCCAGUCUACUGAAAAUUGGCCAGGAGACAGAUAAAACAACUACACGAAAUAGAGAAUCUGUUUAUUUACUGCUAGAUAUGAUUGUGCAGGAAUCCCCAUUCCUGACAAUGGAUCUUUUGGAAUCUUGUUUUCCUUAUGUCUUGCUGAGAAAUGCAUACCAUGCUGUCUACAAGCAAAGUGUUACAUCCUCUGCAUAAAAUACCUACUUAUUGAAGACAAGCACGCAUUUUUGUCGCCUCUGUUUUACCUGUAAACUGUGGAACUGUUAGACCUGAAAAACAGUUUUGUGGAUUAUAAAUUUCUUUCAUAUGGUUGUAUUUUCUGAUCAUCAGUUUCUUAAUAUGGUUGUACUUCAAUAUACUUGGUUGAUUUAGGUUGCACAUUUAUGGAAUUCACUGAAAUUAUUCCAAUAAUUUUAGAAUAUCAUUUGUUUGAAAAACAUACAUUCUCUAUGUUUUUGAUAUUUGAUAAUGAAAAAAAAAUCUUUGCUUGUUUAUUUCUGAAAAAGAAUUGUAUUUAGUGAUUAUUUUACAUAGUGAUAUUAUAGCAUUCAUUGUGUGUAAAUUAUUUCAUAUAGGGAAGAGUUCUGACCUGUACCUACUAUGGUUCUUAUUGAAAACAAAACUGGAUGUGCAUUUCUGUGAUGUUAUGAAUACAUUUCUACUUUAUUUUGAAACAUUUGCCAAACUAAUUACUAUAACACUAUAUAACAUUAAAAGUGUUCAUGGACUGCUUAGCAUUAGAAGCAGACUGUGUCCCCAAAUUCUAAAACAGCAGCAAAUGUUGUUGCCUGUAUAAAGCCUAAUAGUAAUUUUUAGACUAAUUUCCACAGUGCCCUGUUGGCAUUAGCACUACCAUUGCACCCUGCUGUAUAAUAAACAAUCUUAGACAUUUAUCAACUGUUGAUACAAAUGUUAGUCCCUAACCACUUUUUAUAUGUUUUAAAUUUUUGAAAUUCAAGUGUACCUGCCAUAACAAAAUAAACACUAGACUAUCACAUUUUGUAAAAUGGAAGUUUUUUUGUUUAAACUUAGUAGUUUAUUUUAGGUAUAUCUAAGUAGCACAUUGAUACUAGGUCACCUACUAUAAGAUUUGCUUAAAUGUUUUGAAAAAUACUCCACUAGAAAAAAUAUUAAAAUCAGAAAAUAAAGUUGCAUAACAUUUUUUUAAAAUUAAGAGCUAAAAGGAAACUGGUGUGCCAUCAGCUUAUUAAUGUUUAUCAGUGAGAAAAUGGACAGAUUUAUUUGAAAGAUUAGGGGAAAAACAUGGAAUGAUCACAGAACUAAUGAAAAGGUUGAAAACUUUUAUGGGAAAGAUAUAAAGAGCCUAUUGCUUGGCAGUUGACAGGGAAGGCAGAGCACCUCAUUUAAUUUCAAAACUAAGUGGAUAUUUUGCUCUUUAAUUAGCGUUGUGAAGACUUUUUCUCAUGAGCUGCGUGUCUGGAUAUCAUAGAGCUUCUGUUGUUCACAGCUUAUAUAUACACUGGUAACUUGUGUUAAGAUAAAAGAAAGCUACUGUGAACUUAGUUAUAAUUUUUUUGUAGUUCAGAUACUGGAAUGAAAUUGAAGUGCCACAAGACAAUAUUUUGUUAAUGGUUUCUCCAGUUUAUAUUUAAAGCUGGGAAUAGUUGUCACUAUCUGUUGAAAAUUUCCAGUGGUAAGGAUUUUUUAAUGAAAUAGUUUUAGACUUGAAAUAACCUAAAUACACAGUAAACAGUUGAAAGUAAGAUUAAAUGCUGUUUGCUCUGAAAUACUAGGAUCCUAGAGCGGUAAUAACUUGUCAGCAGUAAUAUCCUCGAAGGUAAAAAUAGGCAUUUUGAGUAUGUAUACUUCCAUUGGGGCAGUAUGUGGAAGGGUUAAGACGUUAUUUACCCCUCUUCAGGUGAAGAAAAAAAAAUCACUCUUUCAUAGUCCUGUCAAGUUUAUCUUGCCCCAGUUUUUUUCUCAUAUACCUGAACUGACUGACUAGCUGGUGUACUAUGGGAUUGUUCUUUGCAGAGUCUUUCUACCCCUCCCCCCAAACAAAUUUUUAAAUAAAGUUAAAAGUAAAUUGACAACUACUAUUUUUAACAUCUUGUUUGUCUUAACUUUUCUUAUUUUCUUCUAAAUUUAUACUGCAACAUACUAUUGUUUUCUCUACAGUAAUGUAAUCAUAACAUAUAUACUUAACUGUAAUCUAUUUAUUUCACUCAAGUAGAAAAAGUCUUUGAUAUUUGAUAUUCUUUUUAAUGCCUCUUUGUAUACCAUAACUAGUUUCAAAAUUUCUUUUGGAUGAACAUUUAGGCAGACUUCUUCUUUUUCAUUACAGGCAUACCUUGGAGAUAUUGUGGAUUGAGUUCCAGGCCCCUAUAGUAAAGUGCAUAUCACAAUAAAACAAGUCACAUGAAUUUUUUUUAUUUUCCAGUGCAUAUAAAAGUUAUGUUUACACUACAGUGCAGUGUGUUAACUGUGAAAUAAUAGUAUGUCUAAAAAAAACACAUGUUAAUUUAAAAUGUUUCAUUGUUAAAAUAAUGCUAGCCAUCAUCUGAUAAUGCAGAGUUACUACCAACAUUCAAUUUAUAAAAAAUGCAGUAUCUGCAAAGUGCAAUAAAGGAAAGCGCAAUAAAAGGAAGUAUUCCUGUAUUAUAAAUAAUAUCUUGGUGAACUUGGGCAUUUAUCUCCUUUAGCAUAAUUUCUUACAAGUAAAAUUGCUUGGUGGAAGGGUGUAUACAUUUUAAACAUAUUAAAUUUCCCUUCAGUGAGAUUAUAUCAGUUUUACUCUUACACUUGUGUAUUUGAGUAUAAUUUCCUCCUAUGGUAAACUGUUGAUAUAUACCAAUUUUACUAUUGUUGAUGCAGCUUUGCCUCUUUAAAAGAUGAAACAUAAAUGUUUUAAUUUGCAUAUCUUUGCUUAUUAGUAAAGUGGAAUAUCUUUUUUAA